GUGGGCGCCGCAAGUGAGAGCAGGGGCGACUACCCCCGGCCUCAUGCCUACCAGCACCGACUGCCUCUGCGACAGCCAGGACGGCGGGGGCAGCACCCAGAGCGUGGCCGCCCCCGAUGCACCAGCCGACCCCCAAAACAAUACCACUGACGACGGCGACAUGAUCAUCCUGUCCCUGGAAGACGAAAAGAGCCCUCCGGCGAACAGCCGCGAGGACCUGAUCGAAGAAAAGCCCGACUCCGUGGACGCGGGCGUGGGCGCGUGGCUGCGGCACCGCCUGCGACGGUCGUGCACCCUGAAGAACGUGCGCCGCAAAGUGCCCUGUCUCGAGUGGGGGUCGCGCUACAACCCGCGGUGGGCCGUGGCCGACCUGCUGGCCGGCAUCACCGUCGGCCUCACCGUCAUCCCGCAGGCGAUCGCCUACGCGAACAUCGCCGGCAUUUCGCCCGAGUACGGCCUGUACUCGUCGUUCGUCGGCAGUUUCGUGUACGCCGUGUUCGGCAGCUGCAAAGACUCGCCGAUCGGGCCGACGGCCAUCGCGGCCAUCCUCACCAGGGAGAACAUCCACGGCCUCGGACCGCAAGUGGCCAUUUUUCUCUGUCUCAUCAGCGGCGUCGUCGAAUUGCUAAUGGGCAUUUUUCAACUUGGGUUUGUGAUCGAUUUCAUAUCUGGGCCCGUCUCCGUCGGUUUCACCUCGGCCGCGGCGAUCAUUAUUGCGACCACCCAGGUCAAGGACAUCAUGGGUUUGCAAAUGCCGGGCAGCAAGUUCAUAGAGGUGUGGGGACAGAUCGUCAUGAACGCGGAUGACGCCCGGCUCUGCGACACCAUGCUCGGAAUCAUUUGUAUUUUCUCCUUGCUGUUACUCAGGAAAUUAAAAGACUUGCGAUUCGGCCCAUCCGACGUCUCCGAGCAGAAUUUCUGGCAGCGGCCUCUGAAUCAAGCCGUUUGGCUCGUUUCCACCGCCCGAAACAUAAUUGUGGUCGUGGCGUGCUCGGCUCUCGCGGCGGUUUUCCACAAGAACGGCUACCACCCCUUCCUCCUCACAGGUGAAGUAAAAUCAGGACUUCCGCCGGUGCAGCCACCCCCGUUGAGCACCACCGUCGGCAACCAGACGUACACUUUUGUGGACAUGCUGAGCACCAUCGGCUCGGGUUGCUUCGUCGUGCCGCUCUUGGCCAUUCUGGAGAACAUCGCCAUCGCCAAAGCGUUUUCCGACGGCAAAGCGCUGGACGCGACGCAAGAGAUGAUUGCCCUCGGCUUGUGCAACAUCGCCUCUUCCUUUGUGGGCUCGAUGCCCGUAACAGGCGCUUUGUCCAGAGGCGCCGUAAAUAAUGCAAGCGGCGUGAUGACCCCGUUCGGCGGCGUCUACACCGGCAUUUUAGUGAUACUCUCCCUGCAGUACUUCACCCCGUACUUCUACUUCAUUCCACGCACUACCCUAGCAGCUGUGAUAAUCGCGGCUGUCAUCUUCAUGGUUGAAUUCCAAGCAGUCAAACCCAUGUGGAAGACCAAAAAGAGUGACCUGGUGCCAGCCUUUGCCACUUUCUUCUCCUGCCUGUUGAUCAGACUGGAGCUGGGCAUCCUAAUCGGCAUGGUGGUGAACGUUUGCUACUUGUUGUGGGCUUCAGCUCGGCCCAAAGUGGCCGUCGAGCGAAUGAAGUCGUCUUCGGGAUUAGAAUACUUGCUAGUGACCCCCGACCGAAGUCUUUCGUUCCCUUCAGUGGAAUAUGUGCGCGCCCUUGUGCUCAAAGCUGGACUCAAGCUCGGGGACAGCUACUUGCCCGUGGUGGUCGAGUGCAGACACAUCCAAGCGGCCGACUACACUUCUGCAGAGGGUGUGAAGCAAAUGAUCGAAGAUUUUCACCGACGGGACCAGCCCAUCAUGUUUUAUCACGUCAAACCCAAGAUCGUGAACAUCUUUCAAGGAGUUAACCCCAAGGGCUUCAGGUACUGCAAUAAUGAAGAUGAGCUCAACGAAAUGCUCAAAGAAUGUGCAAGUAAAAUUUACACCUUCCACCAACGCAAUACGCAAGAGGAUUCGCUCUCCGCGGUAGAUUAAUAUCUCCUCUCCACUCUCACAAGCCAAAGAGCAUCUUUUGUGGAGUAUUCAAAACCCCUUAUGUAUUAUUCUUUAUUAGAAAAAGUUGCCAAGAUAUUUUCUAUUCAAGAAUAUUUUAAGCCUCCGCUCUUAAAUACAAAUUGGCAAAUAUAUGUAAAAGGAAGUGAAAUUGAUUCAAAUUUCAAGAAAAGAGGGACUGCUGAAACCUGUGAUGAUCUGUGAUAAAAAAUUAACAUCAAUAUAAUUAAACUGUUACCUCCUCUGCUGACCUAGAAAGAAGGAAAUCUCAAACUACAAAUCCACGCGCAGAAUGAAAUAUCAAGAAUUUUUCCAAAUAUAUGCUGAGCUUUUUGUCGUCAUGUAGAAUUCACCUUAGGCAAAAGUUCUGCUUUCACUCUAUAAUGCACCACCACCUACUAAGCUAAUAAACAAAUUCGUCUCCUCAGACACAAAUUUCAAUUAUAUAUUAUACAAAACGUUUUAACGAAAAAAGUUAAAAAUUAAUGUUGUUAGGAAGGAGAACUCAUAUUUUCUUUGGAAGAACGAGUCUCAUCGAAUUGGCAGUGAUAUUAGAUUUUAGUCUAGCCUCAUAGUUUUAGUACCGAAAAAUUACUAAAAAAAUAAUCUGAUUUUUAAUGGUGCUGGAAUUAGUGAUAAACACCAUUUUUAGCAUUUUUCAAUUUGCGUUGGAUUACUUUGAAAAUUUUCAUCAUUCCAUGUAUAUUGCAUAUUUUUAAUUCUGAGACAAAGAGUGAAUGAAAAUUUAGAAACACACACAGAUUGUAUUAUAGUAUUUAUUAAAAUUUAAAAUAAAAUCCUGUUAACUUUAAAAAUCAAUGCCAUCAAAAUCUUGUUGGUUCAUAAAUAAAUAGCAUA